AUGGCUUGGGAUGAGUGGACUCCGCUCGUCCUGACAGCCAAGAACCCAAAGCAACCGGGGCAACCAGUGAACCCUCACUCUUCCCAAGCUACCCCGGCGUGCCAAUCCAGUCCACCCGACCUUCCACGAACCCCGACCUUGAUCGUUCUUAACCUUCCCCAUCCCCUCCCCGUCGUGAUCGUCCUCCACAUACAUGGGCCUACCUGUCGAGGCUCAUCUGGUUCGGAAGGGUUUGGGCAGAGAUUGAGAGAUCAAUUGACGUCAGAUGCUCCAUGUCGCCUUGAUCUGAUACAUAUAAUCCAUCUCAUCCUCCUGGAAGCUGCCUCAUCAGGCCACAUUAUUGCUGGUCCUGUCAUCACCAUAGCAAUAUUUCGACUCGAAUUCCUCAUCGAUAACUCGUCAUCCGCAGUCACGAGCUCAGAUUCGGAAGUUGCUUCGCAGUUUCCCACGGAUUGCCGUCAAUUGGGACGUCACAACCACAGAUCCCUCAUCACAACCUCAAUUGGCAACCGAUCGGACAGAGACUUGGAUAUAUUCUCGACUAGGAUCUAA